GGUGCCGCUCCCGGAAGCGGAAGCGCCUGUGGCUCCUUUUCCGGGCGGGCAGCGCGGCGGCGGCAGCGGGCAAAAUGAAGUUCAACCCGUUCGUGACCUCGGACCGCAGCAAGAACCGCAAGCGGCACUUCAAUGCCCCUUCCCACAUCCGCAGGAAAAUCAUGUCCUCGCCCCUGUCCAAGGAGCUGCGGCAGAAGUACAACGUGCGCUCCAUGCCCAUCCGCAAGGACGACGAGGUCCAGGUUGUCCGGGGACACUACAAAGGGCAGCAGAUUGGGAAGGUGGUCCAGGUGUACAGGAAGAAGUACGUGAUCUACAUCGAGCGUGUGCAGCGGGAGAAAGCCAACGGCACCACUGUCCACGUGGGGAUCCACCCCAGCAAGGUGGUGAUCACCAGGCUAAAGCUGGACAAGGAUCGCAAGAAGAUCUUGGAGCGUAAAGCGAAGUCCCGCCAGGUUGGGAAGGAGAAGGGCAAGUACAAAGAAGAAACAAUUGAAAAGAUGCAAGAAUAGAUGGUUCCUGUUUGACACCAUUAAAAAACUGCUAAAACUCAA